AUGACUCUGAGCUCCGAGAUGUCGGAUGCCUCCAUCCUGUCCGAGGAGACCGACAUAGACGUGGUCGGCGAAGGAGAGGAUGGGGACAACCACACGCGCUCCUACGUGGACGAGGUGGCACAGAUGCACGAUGGCAUCCUCCUCGCCGGGUCCUCUCCUCCUCCGUGCCUGGACGGCUCCACCUCCUCGAGGGAUACCUACAAGCCGACGGGCAAGAACACCCUGGUGAAGCCCCCUUACUCCUACAUCGCCUUAAUCACCAUGGCCAUCCUGCAGAGCCCCAAGAAGAGGCUCACCCUCAGCGAGAUCUGCGACUUCAUCAGCAACCGCUUCCCCUACUACCGGGAGAAGUUCCCGGCGUGGCAGAACUCCAUCAGACACAACUUGUCUCUCAAUGACUGCUUCGUGAAGAUACCGAGGGAGCCCGGGAACCCUGGGAAAGGCAACUACUGGACCUUAGACCCGGAGUCCGCUGAUAUGUUUGACAACGGGAGUUUUCUGAGGCGUAGGAAACGCUUCAAGCGGCAGCAGGCGCAGGACUUACUGCGGGAGCACAACAGCUUUAUCCCGGCAGCUGCUGCCGCGUACGGGUAUGGACCGUACGGCUGCGGAGGAUACGGCAUCCAGCUCCAGUCCUACCACACACACUCUGCACUUUUUGCUUUCCAGCAGCAGCAGCAGCAGCAGCAGCACUCCAGGCAUUCACACUCACACACAGGGACCAUUAUACCCGCUCCAUCCUUGAUGCCCACCACCACGGACUUAGCCCGGACUAGAUUUUACCCGCAGCUGACACCCACCCUGGGCUCGGCGAGCGUGCAGGCUGCAGCCCAGGCGCAGAAAUCCAGCUCCCCGGUGCAGCGUUCCCCUUUCUCCAUAGAGAGUAUCAUCGGUGGGUCUCUGAGCCCGUCAAGGACUUCUCCCGUUGUUGUCCCGGUCUUACCGUCCUCUUUGGGGGCUCCAGCUGCCAACCACCAGCCUGGAGCGGUCUUGCACCCGGUUGAAAACUUUCCCAACAGAGUAGGGAGCGGCUCUGGCGGGUGUUAG